AUGGAGUUCGGAGCAGGCGAUGUCGCCCAGAUAUCGGCGGAGCUCGCAGGUGUGGUCGAAGUGAUGAUGUCGCCUGACGUACCUCAAGAACAGCGUUUGGAAGUAUACAAUGCCUGCGAAAGAUUCAAAGAAUCCUCGCCCCUGUGCGCUCAAUGCGGUCUGUAUCUGGCGCAAAAGUCUCCCAACAGAAGCUCGGUGGUCCGCCAUUUUGGGUUGCAGCUGAUGGAGCAUUGUGUGAAGUACCGGUGGACGCAGAUCUCACAGUCGGAGAAGAUCUUCAUCAAGGAGAACGCGAUGAAACUGCUUCAGGAGGGUACUGAGCCGCUGUUACAGGAGGAAGCGCACAUAAAGGACGCCCUGUCGCGUGUAGUAGUGGAGAUGAUAAAACGGGAGUGGCCUCAGCAGUGGCCGACGCUACUGGCCGAGCUCUGUCAAGCUUGCACGCGCGGAGAAAGCCAGACCGAACUGGUUCUGUUGGUGUUCCUUAGACUAGUGGAGGAUGUGGCGCUUCUGCAGACGCUCGAGUCCAACCAGAGGAGGAAAGACAUAUACCAGGCGUUAACCACAAACAUGGCGGAGAUCUUUAGCUUCUUUUUGAGACUGAUGGAGCAACAUUUUUCCGAGUUUCAGAAGAAAAGUGCCUUAGGACAAAUGUCCGAUGCCGCGGCACACAGUAAAGUCGUGCAGGUAGUACUGUCCACGCUAACUGGAUUCGUCGAGUGGGUCUCCAUAAAUCACGUGAUGGCCGAAGACGGCAGGCUGUUGCAGAUACUGUGCCUGCUGCUGGGCAAUCCCAUAUUUCAGUGUUCCGCCGCCGAGUGUCUGCUGCAAAUCGUGAACCGUAAGGGCAAAGCCGAGGAUCGGAAGCAACUGAUGAUCCUCUUCUCGGAGGAAGCUCUUAGGUGUAUUUACACGGCAGCUACCAGUCCACCGCCUCUCACCGGACCUACAACGAACGAGAAUCAUUAUCUGUUCCUGAAGAAACUCACACAGGUACUGACCGGCAUGGCGACGCAACUGUGCACCUUAUGGGGGAAGGACGACGCCUCUAGCAUACGGCCGACGCACUUCAAUAUCUUCCUGGACACCGUUCUCACCUUCACCAUGUACUCGAGCCUCACGCUCACGCAUUUAGCGAACGCGAUCUGGGUGAUGCUGUUCAAACACGAGCAGAUUAAGACUGACUCGCUGCUGCUGACGUACGUGCCGAAGUACGUGGAGAACACCGCGCCCAAGCUGAUCAAAGUGGCGUAUCCGCACAGCAGACAGAGCAACGGGAUGACCGCUUGCUGCCUCGCCGAUUACGACUCGGAGGAGGAGUUCAACGUCUUCCUCUACCGCUUCAGGACCGAUCUGCUCGAGGGCUUCAGGCACGCGACCAUGGUGGCGCCGUUGGUCACCUUCACGUACGUGCAACAGUGGUUAACCGCGAAGAUAACCAAGGGUAUGGGGAACCUGCGGUACAAGAGCGACCAGAACGAUCGCGAGUACCUCGAGUGGGAAGCCCUCGCCCAAGCCUUGGACUCGGUCGUCUCGAGGAUCUUGCUGAUCAACGAGAGGCCGAGCGUGCAGACCGGCCUGCAGCUGUUGGAGCUCUGUCUCGGCUACUCGCCGCAGGACCCCUGCCUCCUGUCCGCCCUCUUGUCUUGCAUAAGCGCCCUCUUCGUCUUCCUGUCGAUGUCGACCGGCUCGAUGGCCAUGCCGGGUAUCGCCGUACUGCCGCGCGUCCUCGAGAAGAUCUUCGCCGCUCUCGUGUUCGAGGCGCCCGGCGAGAGCAAGGGCAAUCGCUCGAAGGCGGCCAAGAGCGUCCGGCGUCACGCGGCCAGUCUCAUGGUGAAGAUCAGCCUGAAGUAUCCGUUGCUGCUGCUGCCGGUCUUCGAGCAGAUACGCACGAUGGUGCGCGGCCUCGCCAGGGAGCCCAGCCCGUUGUCCAAGAUGGAGAGCAUCAUGCUUUACGAGGCGCUGCUGCUGAUCUCGAAUCACUUCUGCGACUACGAGAGGCAGACUCGCUUCGUGGCGGAGGUUAUCGGCGAGGGCUCCGGCAAAUUCGUCGCACUCGGCGCCGAGUGGUUCAAGGGCCCGUUGGAGCUGAUGCGAUUCGUCGGCCUGGACCGACCGCCUGUCGAGAGCAUGCUGGAGGACCCGGCUGGCCGCAAUCGCACCGACCUCAUGAUCUGCGUCUGCACCGUGCUGAGCGUCGUCAAGAGGUGUUCCAUUCCGGAGGACCCCGACCGCGCCGCCAGGGGCGGCUUCGUCGCCGCGCUCAGCGAGAGCGGCAAUCCGGUCUACAGAAAUCCGGUCGCGCCCCACGUGAUCCCGGUGCUGCCGACGCUCUUCGCGCUGCUCCGCACGAUGAACGCUCUCUUCGGCCCCGCCGCUUUGGCCGCUUUGUCCGAGGGCUACAAGAAUGCCUAUGGACUCCUGGAGUCGGAGAAGGCGCAUCUAUUGGGUCUGAACGUGGCUAACGACAACACUAGUGAAACGGAUCAAUCCUCGAACACUCCCUUGGUCCGAAUGCAAUCAUUCCUCAGCACGAUUCACGAUCAGUGCUAUCACAUGUUAGGUAGCGGCUGUCACAUGAUCGGCCGAGACUUUUAUCAAUUACCUGGACUCGCACCGGCAUUGUUGAACUCGGUCUUCUCGAAUAUGGAGGCUAUUCCGGACUACAGACUACGGCCGAUCAUACGCGUGUUCAUGAAGCCGUUCAUAUACUCUUGCCCGCCGGCUUUCUACGAGAGCGUACUAGUACCUGUACUGGCCCACGUAUCCACACACAUGUGCCAAAGAUUAAGCGCAAAAUGGCAAUACAUCGCGCACCUCUACGAGUCCGGCGGCCUCGACGAGGAGAACACCGACACGCAGGAGGUGAUCGACGACAUGCUCAAUCGGAAUCUGACCAGGGACUUCGUGGACGUGCUAAAGGUGGCUCUGGUCGGUGGUGCUGCGAGUGACGCCGCCCCUCCGGACACUAUGGAGCAGGACAGUGGGGGAAUGGCGGUGGACCCUCCGCUUUCGCGGGGCAACAGUAUCGUCGCCGAGGUCGUCAGCGAACUGGGAGCCUUCGUCUUGCGCCACCCGUCCACGUGCCACAGCGUUGUCCUAUGCGUACUGGGUGCGCUCGCGUGGAAUGACUCGAACGCGAGUCUCAAGGCCACAAUGUUGACCGGCCCCGUCGUUCGUGCACUGGCGGCCGACGGUAGUCUCACUCCCUCUAUGGCGUCGCACAUCAUGGUGGCGGUUCUCCAGGGUCUGCAGCUGCACGGCCAACACGAAGCCAAUCAGGGCUCGCUCGUCACACUGGGCGCCCAAGUGUACGAGUGCCUCCGGCCCAAGUUCCCGAACAUCAUCGAGGUGAUGCAGCAGAUCCCGGGUGUCAAUCCCGCCGAUCUGCAACGUUUCGACGAGAAGAUGUCGGUGGUCAGUACGAAGGGCAACAAGGUCGAGAAGGGCAAGAAGGAUCUCUUUAAGAAAAUUACAAAUCAGCUUAUCGGCCGAAGCGUAGGUCAGUUGUUCCGCAAAGAAGUCAAAAUAGACAAUUUACCGCGAAUCGAAUUGCUCGGGUUCGGCAAGUCUCCGCCAGUACGCGUGGAUGAGAUCUCGGAGAACGCAGCUGAUACGGGGAUAACAGCUCUAUUCGCUGGGUCUACGUAGCAGAACGUCUUAGAGAAUUACAUUUUGCGUAGCUGGUCUAUUUCAAUAAAUAAUUAUAAAUUAUUAUAAAGAAGAGUCUCUUCUCUCUCUUUCUCUCUCUCUCUCCCUCUCUCUCUCUCUCUCUCUCUCUCUCAGGAGCGGCAAUGUGCAGAGUAAUACAGAGAGAAAGAGAGAGAGAGAGGGACGACGUUUGAUCCGACACCACUGAAACAACACGUUUCUUUUUUACGAGAAAUCCUACGUGUUUUCAGCGUGUGAGAAUUACGGAAGUAACAAAUUAUAUUUAAAACGCUCGAAGUAUCGCCUUGUAUUACACUCUUACACUCCUGAAAAAUAUUGAUUGAUACAAUAAGACAAAAAAUAUAUCAGUUUGUAGAGUCUCGAUCGCGUGGUGGGAUAUCGAGGCGAUGCUUCGGAGAUCCUAGGACAUGUCGCGUCCUCACUCUAUCACUCUAGGUGCUUCAAGUGACGCAUAAAUCACAAACAACACCCGUCGCCGUCUCGUCACGGCGAGAAGAAAUCCGCAACGAAACAUAAGAGAGAGCAUCUGUAACAAAACAGAAAAAAAUUGUUGAAAAUUUUUCUGCACUUUCUUCACUCUGAAAUUGACGAUAAAUUUCAAACUGAUGAAGAUGCAGCAUGACGUAAUUUUGAAUACGAAAGAAGAUGUAGAUAAUUUGUUUCUAUUUAUUUUUUAAUUAACCUUUUGUACACAUCACAUUAUUACGAGAAACGAAAGAUCGCACGAAAGGAGGCAGGGAAUGUUGUUCAGUUUUGUUGACGAAUUUCGGAGUGUAACCUACAAUCUCUCAUUGAAUCUUCAUAUAGCUUCAUGUAGCGGAUGUUCUUUAGCGCGUUAUUGUCCUUUCACCAUCAUUCAAUAUCUUAAUCUUCCGCUUUGAAAGCGGCUCCCGAGAUAUUCAUAUACGUCGCGCAACAUUUUCACGAUGAACUGUACGGGAUGUGAAUCUUAUUGAGAUUGUGAGAGACAUGUACAACGGGAUUUUAGCGAACUAUUGUGAUAAGGACACGCAGCGACUGAAAUUUGAACACGGUCGCGCCGUUGCUCUGUACAAACGAAAUAAAAGGGUGGGCGACGCGCGUCUCGAGCUGUGACUAAUAUGUGCAAACGCAAAACACUAUAACGUAUAUUCUUUAUUUCUUCUUUUCUCUGUUUUUACUCCCCGCUAUCUUAUUGUCACCGCAAUUAGUAAAUUCGAGAUCCAUAGUUCAACGGCACUUUAGAGAUAUGUUUUGUUUCAGCUACCGUCCCUCCUCCCCCACCCCUGUCUUCUCUUUGUUUUUUCACUAUUGUUGAAAAUCAGUACGUGCGCUUUAAAUAAAGAAAGAAAAGAAAGUAGAAAGUUCGGAAAGUGCGGCUAAGCAGAGCAAAUUUAUUGUAUCUAUAAUCGCUAAGAACUUCGAGGUUAUAGUUUAUUACACACAUCGGUGUCAUAUAUUUAUAUAAGUAUAUACAUAUUGUACAUUAAAAUCUUAUAGUGAUUGAUCUUAUAUGCCAGAGUAGAAGAGAAUGAAUUGUAUAAUCACUCGUCUCUAUACAUACAUACAUUAUACACAUACACACGCAUAUUAUAUAUAUACUUGUUUCUCGAAUGUUCAUAUUAUACGAUUCGUUGAUUUUUUCCAAGGCAUAAGUAGAUCGACACCAAAUCACGCGCAACAACGUCGAUCAACGUCUUCCUUACAGCCGAGUUUUCUCGCAAAGUAACUGAAAAACCGCGAUACAACUUACGACGAAUCAAUUAAAUUUACACGAUGUAUUUACACAUAUAUACGAAUCGAAACGGCAGUUUUAAUCAAGAGGAUAUAUAAUCUACGCGAGAGCGCGCGUGCACACACACACACACACACAAAAGAACGCGAAUAACGCGACACGUGCGAGCGGCACGUAAUGAUUCAUGUAAUGCGUUAAGAAGUAGGCAACCGAUUAGACGGAAUUCAAAAUCCGAACCGCGUUAUACCGCGAAGCAAAAAAUAUCGCUCUCUCCAAAAAAGAAAUCACACAUGUAUAUUUAGAAUAUAGAAUAUAAAAUAUGUUUUUUAAAGCGAGAGACGAGAAGAAAGUAACCACACGGGUUUGCCGGGAUUUUAUCGUUGCAAUAUCA